CAAGKCGAAUUGCUUGACAAGGUGYAAAUUAGUCGAAAAGGAUUUGAGAUGCCUAAACUGAAUCCUUCAGCACUGAUCAUCAGAAUAUCUGAUUGCCGCUGCAAGGCGUGUCAGAUGAAAGAUGACAGUUGUGAAUUACUAGACGAGCACAGGUUUUCCAAAUCCUUAGUAGCAGCGCAGGGAUAUGUCUAUUAUGAUCUCAGGCAAACACUAUACCAUGGGGAGCCAGCUGCUUCUCAUAUGGUACAACCCGGUCAAUGCUACAACGGAUGUUGUAAAUACCAAUCGUGUCAAAAUGGCGGGACUUGCAAAGAGCACUGUCAAGAUCCAAAAUUAAAAUUUUCUUGCGAAUGUCCUGUGAAGUCGACUUGGGGAACAGUAUGCGAGAACAAGCUCACUUCUUGUGCUGAUGUCUUUAAGCAAAAGUCGGUCAAAAAUGGAAACGUUCCUAAAGAUGGUGUUUACGACAUUCUAAUCAGUAYUGGAACUGUUUUGCCACUUUACUGUGCGUUUAAUAUCAGUCACAAGCGAGCUUGGACUUUGAUAGAAUCAUUGUCUUUUGCAAACAGACAAGAGUUUAUUAGUCUUCAAUUUCAUAGUGCAGCUUCUAUAAAUCACCUUUCUCCGCCAAGUUGGYAAAGGUACCGUCUACCUAAGCAAGCAGUACAACACAUUCGGUCCAAGUCCACUCUCUUUAGAUCUACGUGUAAUUUUGACAAAAGAGCAAGAACCUCUCUUGUUCCUGAUUUCCUACUCGCAAGAAUAAGUGAUGCAGACAUAACAUCUCCUGAACAAUCUUUUGGAAGGUGUAUAAAAUACAUGUAUAUUAAUAUCAGAGGCAACCAAUGUUUUGAAUGUACCGCACCUACAUAUGGUAAUGCUAACGGUGAACAUAUCCACAUCGAUUUAAGUUGGAUUAAAAARUGCAACUUAUACAAACCAAAUUUGCACCSKAAUGCAAACUACUUUGGCUAUUAUAUCGAUGYUKAUAUAGAUUCCCUUUUUCAGUGUUCCAUGGACGCUGAUUCUACUACUGAGUGGUGGCUUGGYGCGGAGGUUUYAUGGUACCUUUCMAUCAAGAAKGACGCGCUUAAAAUACAGGGACUCACACAGUACAUAAACUCACCCACUAAACUGGAAUGAAUGUMUCAAAAUCAUAAGAAAA